ACAAGGUGGGGGAGAAAAGGCGCGAAUCCUUCACCAGCAUGGUGCAAUUGGUGAUGUACAUAACAUGUAUGUACCUAUGCAAAGUGAAUGUGAUGUGAUGAUAUAAAUUGUCAACCAAACAGGUGUAUAUAUUGUAUUAGCGAGUAAUGGAUGUUUAUUGUAAUUAAAGGAAAGUGUAGCAAGAUGGACUAUACACCAAAGCGAAGACGUACACAUAAGCCGGAGAAAAGUGCACUUCUAGAAGCUUAUCCUCACGAUUUACAGCUCUAUAAAGUACCACCAAUUGGUCAGAUUUCAUUGGUUGAAUUUCAAGAUUUGGCAUUAGAAAGGCAGAAAGUGCUUCAGUUACUCGAACUUACCCUUGCUCAACAACAUAAAAGCAUUGAUGAGAUUAAAUUAGCAUUUACCAGUGCAUUAAAAAAAGAAGGAUACCAUGCCUAUGCUCGGCUUGUUAAUGCGUUAGGUUGCUCUUCUCACACAGAUGUUGACUUAGAAGCAAGAAGAAGAGAUCACAUAGCGCACUUUGUUUUGCGAUUGGCAUAUUCUUUAAAGGAUGAUUUGCAAAAUUACAUGUUAACUUAUGAAACUGAACUGUUUAAGUUGAGAUUCCAUUCUUUAAACAGAGAAGGUCUUACUCAAUUUUUAGCUACUAGUGGACUUCAUUACUCACCUGUGUCUCAAGAAUUCAAAGAGCAAAAUAGGGAAAAUUUGUAUAUGUCAACUGCAAAAGAAGGAGAUUUUGAGAAUACAGAUUUUUAUGAACUGCCAUUUGAUAAAGUUGUUGACUUGAUAAGUGAUCGAAAAGUAUAUUUACAUAAGGGAAUAGCUUAUGUUCCUCAAAAUGAUUUAAUAACUGUUUUUCUUACUCAUUUUCGAACUAAUUUAUCAAUUGAAUUAAAUAAAGCCAGGAAAUUUGUUCUCAAUAAUCUAGAUGAUGAAAGAUUACAAAGUUUCCUUAAGAGUUUGCCAGAGUGCUUUACAGGUAUGGCAAAAGUAGUGUGGAAUUCUCAAAAUGUUCCUAUAGCUAAACUAAAUGAUUUGUCAAAGACUUCCUACCCUCUGUGUAUGAGAAUUAUGCAUGAGCAUUUGACAACAAAUCAUCAUUUAAAAAAUACAGGACGUUUACAGUAUGGCUUGUUCCUUAAGGGAGUAGGAGUUACUCUAGAGGACUCCAUAGAAUUUUGGAAAAGUGAAAUGACAAAAAAGGAAGAUUGUAAUGAGGAUAAAUUCAAUAAGCAGUAUUUGUAUCAAAUACGUUAUAAUUAUGGAAAAGUAGGAAGGCGUGUCGAUUACAGACCAGCAGGCUGCAAUAAACUGAUAAGUGAGCCUGUUGGCCCUGCCGAGGUUCAUGGUUGUCCAUAUAAACAUAUGGACACGGAUGAAUUAACGAAAAAACUAUUGGAGUGUCAUUUACCGCAUUCAGAUGUUGGAGAAAUCACGAAACUUGCCAGUGAGGGCCAUUACAUUUUGGCUUGUACAAGAUAUUUUGAGAGUACCCAUAAACAGCCACCUGCAAGAAUGUUCCUUCAUCCAAAUCAUUACUUUCAAGAGAGUCGAAACAUUCUAACAAUAGAUGAAGUAAAAGAAGAAACUGCCGUUCAAGACACAUACAUGCCAUUAUCUCCAGAGAAGAUUUCACAAUCCAUCAAAGUAAAAGUUGAAAAUAAUUUAGACACGAGUAAUUCAGUUACGCCGUCCAGACAAAUUGAAAAGAAAGUGAGAACGUUGGAUAAAAAGGACAAAAUGGAUCCUACUAACAUCGAAGCAUUGUUGAACGAUGACAGUGAUUGAGUGCACAAUAAAAUUGUGAUUCUUUUAUUAAAAAAUUCUGCGGUAUAUUAUCGCAUAGACAUUGGUUCAUUUUUAUAUACGUGAAUAAAUAUAUUUAUAGAAAUUUAUUUUUGAAAAUACGAUCAUCGCUAAAGGACUCAGUUUUUGUGCAUCUACCCGCUUACUCCGGAUUGACGCUGGUAUUUCGGGAUAUAGUUAUCACUGACGUCUUGAAUCAUUCUGGCUACGAGUCGUUCAAAGUCGUACUCGUGUUUCCAGCCCCAAUCUCUGCGGGCCUCGCUGUCGUCGAAGAUUUGUGGCCAGGUAUUCGCUGUAAAGUCAAACGUAAUAUGAAAUAUUUUAAUUUAAGCUAGAGUUUAAGAUUGUAUAAAAUACGAUAUAAUAAAGUACGUUAGUCUUCGACGGUCUGAGUUACGAUUUGUAAAUAACCAAACAAAAAGAACUCGCAAAGUCAAUAACAUUUCUUAAUCAACUUGAAUAUGCACUCGCACGUACCUAUGUUUUGUCGGCUGUCGGGGUUGUAUGUGAUUUGUAAAUCUGGAAUGUGCUUCUUGACCUCGGCGAAAAGCUCCUCGGGUGUAAAGCUCAUCGCGGUGACGUUGUACACCCGACGAUGGAGCCUCUCGCAUGGAGCGUUCAGGAACUGAAAGAGGGCGGACAAGCAAUCGUCGAUGUACAUCAUGGGCAGGCGUGUGUGAGGCUCAAGAUAGCACUCGUAACGCUUAUGUAGCAAGCCUUCGUGGAAUACAGCGACAGCGUAGUCUGUUAAAUAAAAUUGCAUAUCGUUGAUGAA